AUGUCGCCUCGUACUGGAGACCGUAACAUGCCUUCUAUCAGCUCGCCUCUUUCCCCACGGACUCAACCCCUCGACAUCCCCUCUCAGGCUCGACGAAGGCCAGCACUUAAUACACGUCAGUCGUCCAACAGCGGUCCCGCAGCCCACCUCAGGUUGCCCUCACUGCCACGAUUCCAUCCAGCCAACUACGCAUCGUCGCAAAACUCAAGCCACACAGCAACGCCCGUGACCGGUCCCAAUAGCCCACAGAUGCCAGUUUCACCCCGUGGAGGCAACAACAGACAGUACGAAGUCCAGAGGCAAAUGUACCUCUACCAACAGCAACUUUUGGCCAACACCCGUCAUCCCCAAGGCACCGGCCAUGGGCCAACCAGUCCUCGUCUGGCACCUUUGGCCAGCCCUGGCGCCGUCACCCCACUGGAACUUGAGCAUGAGACUGACGGCUACCUUACCGCCGGUGUCAAUCCAAACGAGGCCACCAAACACGUCGAGAAUCUCAUCCGCAACGAAGCUCUGCGACGCGGUGACUACCCUCACAGUCGGGCCACCGCAUACAUUUUCGUCUGUCCACAGCUUGGUACCAAGCGCUCCGCACCAUGGGCGUUGAGCGAGACAGACGACGGAGUCUUUCGUAGCAUUACAAAUCAAGUCAGAGCAAACAGUUCCGUCUACGGUCUAGAGCAGUCGCUGUGGAACUUUCAAGGUCCCUUUUGUAAUUCCAGUGUUUGCACACAAGUAUACUACUACACGGCCGUUGUGCUUUCAGUCCAUCACCGCGGUAAACGCCAGCCUGCUCGAAUUCCUCACUGUAGUUGUGUGUAUGACAGCAGGUACGGAUGCCCCAGUGAUCAACGCAAAAUGGCGGGCUCGCGCCAAACAGCGGAGCCACAGACGAUGCAACGAGCCGCUGCCAAGCCACCGACUGCCCGCUGUACCCCCGCAGCGUUCAGGUGUUGGCCCGCGGAGAUCAUCAUGGAAGCGGCUGCUUUGGAGGACACCGACAUGGCUGGACAAGAGCAUGCCAUCAGCACUCAUCAAAACAGCCACGGAGAAUCCAUCAGGCUCAGAUCAUGGAGACCUGCCGAUGAUUCAACGAGCCAUAUUACUGUGACGAUGACCGCGCAACAGAAGAGCGAAGAAGAGGAACGUUGGCCCCAUGAGUGCCACGAGUCGAUGACCGUUUGUGGGAGUCUGCACCGAAGAAAUGCAUGCGGUGGGUCCCCACCUACCAUUGGCGUAUUCGGUUCCCGGCAGCAUUACUCCCAGCCUGCAUUGCCAUGCGGCCGCCGGAUUUGUGCAUGUUGCAUGCUUGAAACAAGAGCGCCCCCACAUCCUUCCACCCGUUGGUUUGCCAGCGAACCAAGAGGAGAGGUUGAAUUUUGGAGCGAGGGGGAGGGAUUUUGUGUGAAUGAGCGAGGGUGA